UCUCCUCAACGCCAUUCUCCCUCCCUCUGCUCUCUCUCUCUGCUUUUCCCUCUACUGAGCUCAACCCACACACACACAGGCACUCUCUCUCUCUCUCUCUCUCUCUCUCUCUCUCCCCUACAGUAGUCUCAGCUCAGCGGAGACCCUUCAUAAUGGAGAGAAAGCAGGGCUUCUUCUCCGCCCUCAAGGACGAGGUGGUCCGGGGCCUGUCCCCCGGCCGCUCCAGGUCCCGUACCAAGAGCCCCGCCCGCAGCUCCUCCCCCAUGUCCGGUCUCCUCCGCCGCAGCAACAGGGGCCGCCACAACCCCAAGCUGGACCCCCAGAUGGUCUCGAGAUCGGGGGUCCUGAUGAGGCCACCCGCGGAGGCCCUUUCGCCGCUGAAGGAGGGCCCGGAUCCCGAGGAGGCGGACGGCGGGGACUCCAGGGGGGAAGGCAGGUGGGGACACUGGAUGAAGGGCCAGAAGCUGUCGAGGACCCCCUCUGUCUCUUCCUCCUCCUCCGCCUCGUCUUCCUCGUACAGUAAGCGGUCGGAUCUAAGGUUGCUGCUUGGUGUCUUGGGUGCGCCCCUCGCCCCUGUUCAUGUCACCUCCGGCGACCCUCUGCCUCACCUCAGCAUAAAGAACACUCCCAUUGAAUCUUCAUCUGCACAGUACAUACUGCAGCAGUACACCGCCGCAUCGGGCGGGCAGAAGCUGCAGAACUCCAUCCACAACGCCUACGCCAUGGGGAAGGUGAGGAUGAUUGCAUCCGAGUUUGAGACAGCAAAUAAGGUUGUUAAGAACAAGAACUCAUCCAAGGCAGCAGAGUCAGGCGGGUUCGUGCUGUGGCAGAUGAGCCCUGACAUGUGGUAUGUGGAGCUCGCCCUUGGAGGUAGCAAGGUUCAUGCAGGUUGCAAUGGGAAGCUCGUGUGGAGACAUACUCCAUGGUUGGGGCCUCACGCUGCUAAGGGGCCCGUCAGACCACUACGCCGUGCACUCCAGGGUCUCGACCCAAGAACUACAGCGAGCAUGUUUGCAACUGCGAGGUGCAUUGGCGAGAAGAUGAUCAAUGGAGAGGAUUGCUUCAUCCUCAAGUUGUGCGCUGAUCCCACUACACUGAAGGCGAGGAGUGAGGGCCCUGCAGAGAUAAUACGGCAUGUUCUCUUUGGGUACUUCAGCCAGAAGACAGGCCUCCUUAUCCAUCUGGAGGACUCACAUUUGACCCGUAUCCAGAAUAAUGGGGGUGAUGUGGUCUACUGGGAGACGACAAUCAAUUCCUUCCUUGAUGAUUACAAGCCUGUGGAGGGGAUCAUGAUUGCUCACUCAGGCCGCUCAGUGGUUACCCUUUUCCGUUUUGGGGAGACCUCGAUGAGCCAUACAAAGACCCGAAUGGAGGAGGCUUGGGCAAUUGAGGAGGUGGCAUUUAACGUCCCUGGGCUUUCAGGGGACUGUUUUAUUCCUCCUGCGGAACUAAGGUUCUCCUCGGUUGGUGAAGCCUGUGAGCUUGGAGAGGGUCCAAGGGUGAAAACUAGUGCUGUGGCAUCCAUUGCUUCUUACCGGGCAAAAGUUGCUUCCCUUGAGAGAUCUCAAGAUAGGAGGGGAAAUGAUGUCAUUUGGCGGGCUGAUGUUCAGGAGAGGAGGCGGGGCCCCACGGAUCCUUCCUUGUAGGUAGGUUGUGGGCUGGUAAUUUGCCCCCGCGAAGUGCAGGACUACUUUCUUGUUUUGAGAAAACUGUAUAUAAGUCGAGGGUUUUAGAGAAUGCAUUUUGUAAAAGAAUUCGGGAUACCUCAAGUUUCACACUCCAUCACAAUCCUUGCCGAAGUCUCUCCCUGGAAUACUGGAAGAUCAAACUGACUUGUAGCAUCUCUCUCUCUUUUAGGAAGUUAACUUUGUGAAUAGUGGGAAUGCGCUACCAACUUGUGUUGCCUUCUGAUUGUUGUAAUUUAAAUAGCAUUAGAAUGUGCUGUUGUAAUGGUUGCUCGGUCGUUUUAGGAAGGUGGCUAUAUCCUUUCUCUAGGAACAUUCGAAAGGGGAAAAUCUCUUCAUAUUCAUGCUCAAUUCUGUCUUAACUAUUAAUUUAAGAUACUUUAGUUUGUGAA